UAAAGAUUCACUCUUCAUACACAGACGAGAAGCACUAUAAUGAAGAAACAGGUGAUUCAAACAUGUUUUAGCCCCAGAUUUUCUGUGGUCUUCUGACUGUUUGCACCACCUUGUCUGCGCAGAUGUGGUUUGAACCAACAGUUUUGAGCAAUUAGUUAACAAAAAAUAUACAUGUCAGUAGAAAAGAGUAAUUUUUCAACCAUCAUGUUACUGGUGUCAGUUUUAGGCGCACGUUGAUGUUUCCAUAUUUGUUGUGGCUGUUGGAAGUGGGUAAAGUAGCGAGAUUGAAUAUUUCUGCCUCAACAGCAGCCUCUACUGUAUCGACAUCUAGAAUCUUCAUGAAUCAGACAAUAAGUAUUUUAUUGUACAAGUGAAGGUAUUACCUAAAACACACAAAAAAAGUCUUUGGUUUGUACUUGCGUCAUUCCUUAUGCUUUGGUUUGUGGCACCAUCCCUAGCAGUUCACUAGGGAAAAUGUGGCGAUGGCAGCAGGAAGGAGUUUAUGUUUUGGUCGUCAGCUGAUACGCUGUAGUUGUCAAGUGAGAUGCUCAGUCGCAUAAACGUCUUCGUAAGACACAAGUCAUGUAUCAACCAAGGAAAGAUUAUUACCUUUUUCCCAGAAGACAUAAGCAACCAAGACUACCGACCGUUCUUCAGUUUUACUGGGAUCAGCGACAAAAAGAAGGAAUAUUCUGGGAGAAAGCUAGUUGGGUAUUCCAUGGAACAAAUGUUUGAUGUGGUUUCUGACGUUGAGAACUAUAAGAAAUUUGUUCCAUUUUGUAAAAAAUCUAUAGUUUUCUCAAAACGACCAGGUCAUUUGAAAGCUGAUCUUGUUAUUGGCUUCCCUCCAAUAAAUGAAAGUUACACAUCAAGUGUAACUCUUGUGAAACCACAUCUAGUGAAAGCAGAGUGCACAGAAGGAAAAUUGUUUAACCAUUUGCUAACAAUAUGGAAAUUUAGUCCUGGUUUGAAAAAUAAUCCGAAAUCCUGCAUUAUUGAUUUUUCUGUAUCUUUUGAAUUUCGAUCAACUUUGCAUUCACAGCUUGCCCAUAUGUUCUUCAAUGAGGUAGUUAGACAAAUGGAAGGUGCCUUCCUGACAGAAGCAACAAGACGCUAUGGGAAGGCAUCAGUUCAGACAAAAAGAAUUGGCAUAGUUUAUGCUAAUUCGUAACACAAUUGUUAGUUUCGAAUAGUCUCUUAACUGUUUGAUAUGUAAGACAUAUUUUAUCUGCAAAUUUUCCAGUGCUCAAUGAAUUUGUGAACUGCUGCCAUUUCCCAUGCUUGUAUUUGAAUAAUUCAUGUACAUAAAAAUUGUAUAUAUGUAAAAAAUCAAUAUAUAUUUUUGUUCAAAACAGUUAUGUCGCUCCCUAACACCUAGUAUAAUACUGUAAAUCAUUUUAACUGUGAGUGGAAACUGUUACCUUAAGAUUGUACCUAAUGUUAUAUACUUCAUAAAUAAAUUUAUUUUCAAAAUA